GGAGUGCGGUAGAGCUGAAGAGGAGAGCUACGUGGGUCUCAUAGUCGUACAUACUUCACGAAGGAAAUAAUCUAGUAGGAAGACACAUCCCAUUUGACAGUACAACACAUGACACCGACCCGCUUGCACACUCAUUUUCGGAUUCUGGUGAUGAACAUCACAACAAGCAAGCUUCUGACAAAUCGGAGAGAACUUAUAGUCAUGCUCACGCAGAUACCUCAAAGAGCAGUGGCAUCUACGAGAGACUACUGAAAGAUGUAUCAAUCUCUGAUCCUAAACUGCGCGAACCCAUUCUGAGGAUGCAGAGGCUUGAUAAAAUAUUAGCAAGUAAAAUCAGUCGUGAGAAAAAGGUUAAACAUGAGACAAAGAAGUUGGUAGAGAGACUGCGGCAACAAUUAGACAAUCUGAACAAUUCCAACAGGAGAGAUUCGGUGGCAGAGAGAGAGAAACACAACUUCAUGGCAGUUGCAACUUGCGAGGAUGAUCAAGCAAAAUCUCCCAGCCUAUGUGAUAGAAACAACGAAGAAAUGGAGGGUGGAGAAAGUGACUAUCUAGAUCCAACAAUUACACCAGUCUUUCAAACUCAAGUUAUUGAGGAAUCCAGACAAAAGAAUGACGACCUUGACAUGAAAGUAAUAGGUGCAGGAGAAGGCAGUGUGAAUGAUGAAGAUGCCGACAGGCGCAAAAGAAAAAGCAGUAACGAUUCCUUCAUCAGAAGAAACAUCCAACUUGCAGGGGAUGCUGCUAGCAUUGUUGCUAUGACAGAUGAUGAAAAGAAGCGAGUGGAGGAUCUACUACAGAGUAACAACGAAGAAUCACUUUCUGUGGCAGAAGAUAUGGAAGCAUGCAUUGCAAUGAGAGAUGGAGAAGGGUACUCGCUGGACCAUGAACAGCUACAGGCAUUGCUAGACAUUGACAUGCAGCUACAGAAUAUGUUGUCUGCUGAAGACUUUCAGGCGAUAUGUACAUCCUCUACACUCCUCCCAAGACAUGCCAGCAGCUCGCACAAGUCGGUCUCCUCGUGCGCCAGCCAGCAGUCGGCAGGCGGGGGAUCUGUGCGGUUGGAGCGAGAGAGUGCGCUCGUUUUACAGGAGCAGUACGACACGCAGAAACGCGCGCUGGCCGAGCUGGAGCGCAGGCUGCUGAAGCUGCAAGAACCUACGAUCGUCUCAAGUGAGCAUUCGCAGCAGUCACACGUCGCUGCCAGACGACGUCCUGCAGAAGUUGUUGAGGGAAGCAAAGUCCCUCUACCGGGUUCCGCCGGGAGAGAGCCCCGCACCUUCGCGGACAGGUGAUCCUGACGACGAAUGUGAAGUGGCGACUUGCCUAGACGCGAGUCAAAACAGCAGCUCAGAGCCACUGACCAGUCCAGAGCCAGAGACCAGCCCAGAAGCACAGACCAGCUUAGAGCCACAGACCAGCCCAGAGUUGCAGACCAGCUUAGAGCGGCUGACCAGCCCAGAGCCACUGACCAGCCUAGAGCCACAGACCAGCCCAGUGCCAUAAACUAGCCCAGAGAAGCAAACCAGCCCUGAGUGGCUAUGUCUCACCCAGACCCACGCAGCAGACACCACUCCCGUAAAGGCUGCGGCGCAUGCGACCGACACACUCGCAUAGCUCCUAGGUCGUUGAAGAGAGCUACCGCGAUGGGAGGUAAAACUGCACGGUUGCAACAGACAGUUGAUGUGUAGUGGACCUGCCCAUGCACUGGCACUCUCUAUUCACACCUAGCACCUGCGUUGCAGGAAAUGUGCAAGGCGUGUGUGAGCACUAGGUGGUCGAUGGCCAAGUGUAUCGUUCAUUCGCUCGCAGCGGGUGUUGCACAGAAUUUGUGAGCUUUCGUUAAACGGAAGUGUUCACAUGAAUCGACGUUUGUCUCCGAUUGUGUAUAGAGAUGAAAAUGGUAGCACUGAACUUAAAGUCGUCACAGGUUGCAAGUGGGCACGUUGUUGGCAGAAUCUUAGGCUGUUCAUACUAUUGUAAACGUCCGAAAUCGUCUGCGGGGAAAAGGAUGUGCAGCAAAUGGUCAUGUGUAUUGGAAACUUUGGGGUUAGUAGUUACAGACCAACAACUGCGAGUGCCACGGAAAACAGGGUAUUUCUUUUUGCAAUAGUCACUGAGAUUAUGAUAUGCACUAAGCAAGCCGUUUAUAUAUAUGUAUUUAUUAUUGCCGUUUUUUUGAAUUUAUAAACCAAAGCAACUAGGUUUGUGAGAGCAAAUUGAAGCUCAUGUUAUUUCAUUAUACAAGGCAUCUUUGCUCGUGUUCAUACUUGUCUACGAGAUUACUUGUUUACGGCAUUGCUAUAGACAACAUACAUAUCUAAUUGUGAAGAAAUAACGCCUGCAAAUGAAAACGUUAAUGAAAUUGAUUCGGUCAACAUUACAUAUUGUAUGUAUUGUAUUACGGUACUACAAAACAAAUAUUUAUUUACUGCACAAAUAAGACAAAAUGGUACACAUCUUU